UGUGCCGAAAGGGGCACGGGGACCCUCUGCUGGGGCAGGGUGCACCUGCUGCUCAUCGGGCUCGCUACGGGAGCCAGGUGCUGGCACCGGACCGCGCAAAUUGCCAACACCUGCCCAGGUGCGUUCUGCUGAAGCAUUCGACCCCCAGCCUUACAGCUGCUGGCAGUCAGAACCCGCUAAACGGGACAGCCCCCCUCCCCUCCACGGGAGGCAGAGCUGGGGCUCGGGGUGGGGCUGCCGGGAUGCUGAGCGGGGUUGGCUCCGGGGGGGCAUUGCGGGCUAUGCGAUCGCCAGCCGCGGGCGGGGGGGAGCGGGGCGAUCCUCCCCGGCCGUGAUUGGCAGCGCGGCGGUGUCCCCUCCCGGCUGGUGCUUCCCCUCCGCCGGCUCCGCGUUGAGGAGGGGCCGGGGCUGCAGCGCCGGCAGCGCGCACACCGCCGCGCCCCGAGCAGCCCCUGCAGCCCGGCCGCUCCCGCCGCUUUCCUCAGCUUGGGAAUUUUUUGAUUUUUUUUUUUUUUGUUGUUGUUGUUAUUUGUUUCCUCCCUCCCUUACCAUCUCGCAUCCUCCCCCCCUGCAUCUUUUGGCCGCUUCCCCAUCUCGCCCGCCCGGCGCCCUCCCCGCGGGCUGCCUCGGCGGGCGCUCAGCGCGGGGCCAUGCCGGUGGGGCCGGCGCUGCUGUUGCGAGGCGCCUUCGUCCUCCUCCUCCUCGUCCUGCUGCUCUCCCUCGGGGCCCCGGCCCGGGCAGCCGUCUACACCAACCAGUUCUUGGUGGAGCUGCACGGCGGGGACCAGGCGGAGGCCGAGCGGGUGGCGGCGGAUCACGGCUUCGGAGGGGUGCGCAAGCUCCCUUUUCUAGAUACUGGUUACUAUUUCUAUCACAAUGGCAUUGCCAAGGCCAGAAGGAGACGAAGUCUUCAACAUAAGCUUCAUCUGGAAAAGGAUUCCAGGGUCAAGAAGGCUGUGCAGCAGGAAGGCUUCAGCAGAAGAAAGCGAGGAUAUAGAGACAUCAAUGACAUAGACAUCAACAUGAAUGAUCCUUUAUUUACAAAGCAGUGGUACUUGAUUAACACUGGUCAAGCAGAUGGGACGCCUGGACUUGAUCUUAACGUAGCUGAGGCGUGGGAGCUGGGAUACACAGGGAAAGGAGUUACCAUAGGAAUUAUGGAUGAUGGAAUUGAUUAUCUGCAUCCUGAUCUUGCCUCUAAUUAUAAUGCCCAAGCUAGCUACGAUUUCAGCAGUAAUGAUCCCUACCCCUACCCCCGCUAUACGGAUGACUGGUUCAACAGCCACGGGACCCGAUGUGCAGGAGAGGUGUCUGCAGCUGCCAACAACAACAUCUGCGGCGUGGGAGUCGCCUACAACUCCAAGGUGGCAGGUAUUCGGAUGCUCGACCAGCCAUUUAUGACAGACAUUAUUGAGGCUUCCUCUAUCAGUCAUAUGCCUCAGGUCAUAGAUAUCUACAGUGCCAGCUGGGGACCAACUGAUAAUGGAAAGACUGUGGAUGGGCCUAGAGAGCUAACACUACAAGCGAUGGCAGAUGGUGUGAACAAGGGCCGGGGAGGAAAAGGAAGCAUCUACGUCUGGGCCUCUGGAGAUGGGGGCAGCUACGAUGACUGCAACUGUGAUGGUUAUGCAUCAAGUAUGUGGACAAUCUCCAUCAAUUCUGCAAUAAAUGAUGGACGGACAGCUCUGUAUGAUGAAAGCUGCUCUUCAACCCUAGCCUCCACAUUCAGCAAUGGGAGGAAGAGAAAUCCGGAGGCUGGUGUGGCUACAACAGACUUGUAUGGCAACUGCACUCUGCGUCACUCAGGAACGUCUGCAGCUGCCCCUGAAGCAGCAGGAGUGUUCGCCUUGGCCCUGGAGGCUAACUUGGAUCUGACCUGGAGAGACAUGCAGCAUCUGACAGUUCUCACCUCCAAAAGGAACCAGCUUCAUGACGAAGUUCAUCGGUGGCGUAGGAAUGGUGUCGGGCUGGAAUUCAAUCAUUUGUUUGGCUAUGGUGUCCUAGAUGCAGGAGCAAUGGUUAAGAUGGCAAAAGACUGGAAGACCGUUCCCGAGAGAUUCCACUGUGUUGGGGGGUCAAUACAGGAACCUGAAAAGAUACCACCGAGCGGCAAGUUGGUCCUCACACUUACAACUGAUGCUUGUGAGGGGAAGGAGAAUUUUGUCCGUUACCUUGAACACGUCCAAGCAGUUAUAACUGUGAAUUCAACUCGGCGAGGAGACCUCAACAUCAACAUGACCUCACCAAUGGGAACGAAGUCCAUCCUACUGAGCCGACGUCCGAGGGAUGAUGACUCCAAGGUGGGUUUUGACAAAUGGCCUUUCAUGACCACACACACUUGGGGAGAAGACCCCCGAGGCACCUGGGUUCUAGAGAUUGGGUUUAUUGGCGGUGUGCCGCAGCGGGGUGUGCUGAAGGAGUGGACACUGAUGCUGCACGGGACCCAGAGCGCACCAUACAUAGACCAAAUAGUAAAAGAUUAUCAGUCCAAACUGGCCAUGUCCAAGAAGGAAGAGCUGGAAGAAGAAUUAGAUGAAGCAGUGGAGAGAAGCCUGAAGAGUAUACUGAGCAAGAACUAGAGCUGUUCUGCAUGACAGUGUCUUUCCUUUCCCAGAUCCUUCUGUUCACCUUUCUACUGUCCAAAAACCUCUGUGUUAGACAUAUAACAAUGAUCGUCUCUGUAGCCAAAUUAUCACUUUCUUGAUUUUAAAGUCUUAUAUAUUGUCAAUAAUUAUUUUAAUCACCACCAAAGCAAUCAUUUUUUUUACUCUAAACCACAAAUAUAUUGUCCCCCACCAAAUACUCUGUACAGUUUGUGACUGUAAAUGAUUUUUCUUUUGUGUCAUACAAAUAGGUAAUACCUGUAAACAUGCUUAUAGCUAUUCCCUUCAUAUUUUUGUGGUAACUGUUGUUUGUAUUUAAAAAAAAAAAAAAAAAAAAGUGAAUUUUAAUAUUGGCUGUUGAUGAUAAUGGGUGCAUUUUAAAAAAUUAUUGUGAGAGAGGGAACUUACAAAGAGGUUGGCUGGAGAGGUCUUUGAAUGUCUAACAGCUCCUUUUGAAUCAUGAGCUUCUGUGGGACUUUCCCCACUGAGUUCAACCAAAAUAGCACUAGACCCUAGAAAGAGAGAUGAUCUAGAGAUGAAAAUUUUACAGUCCAAAUUAAAAAAAUGGUUUUAGAGUUUUCUUUAGUAUAUACACGUAGACAAUAUACACACUAGCACUUCAGCCACAGAAUGGUUCUGCAGCAAGCAUGCGAUUGGGAAGGCAAGGCAAUGCUAGGGCCAGGUGAUAAAGGGAAGUGCAUUGCAAACAGUCAGGGCAUUCUAGAAGCACAAAUUUCAGGGUGGUUUUGUUGGUUUUGUUUUUAAUGUUGGCAAUUUAGAUCAGCUUACCAUCUUACAGUGGUAUGAGUACGGAUGAUCUGUAGGGUUUCUUGCAACCUGUGUGUGCCAAAGUGCAUCUGUCCACCUCUAUACUUAACGCUCUACACUACAGCAGCAGAAGAUGCAGCCAUGUCAGCAUUUCCAAUCUCAGACCCCUGUUUUCUGGGGUUUUCAGCCUGGCUGUCAGCAAAUUGCUGUGGGAAAUAUAUGAAAAACGCAGCUUGAGUCCCCAAACCAUUUUAAUUCAAAUUUCACUUUUAAAAAUAGAGAUUUGUUAUUUUUGUGUUAUACAAAUAUAUUUAAGGAGAAAAAUAUGCCUAUAUAAUUUAUGUGUAAUGCGAUGUUGGCCUUCUUCGGAAAAUAAAAUAUAGUGCAUUUGGGAA